AUGGAGGGACCGGAUUGGGACAGCGAAGGGGAAGGAUCCCAGCGAAGCGUGGACAAACGCGGCCUUAUUCCACGGAUUCUGCAGUACAUCUUCCAGAGACUGUCAGCUGACAAGGAGCUGCAGAUGCUAGAGUUCACCAUCCGCUGCUCCUACCUGCAGAUUUACAAUGACCAGGUGUCAGACCUCCUCGAGCCAGAUUCCGUGAACCUGAAUGUGAGGGAGGACCUGAGGCACGGGAUGUUCGUGGAGGGCCUGCAGGAGGUGGUGGUUUCCACCGCCGACGCCACCUAUGCGCUGUUCAAGCGCGGCUCGCAGAACCGACGCGUGGGCCAGACCGCCAUGAACAUGGAGAGCAGCCGCUCUCACAGCGUGUUCACUAUUGUGGUGGAAACUCAGCGGAGGGACGAGGCAGGGGUGAUGAAGAGGAGGACCUCACGCUUCAACCUGGUGGACUUGGCGGGGUCGGAGAGGCAGAAGCACAGCGAGGCACAGGGGGCGCGGCUGAAGGAGGCCGGGAGCAUCAACAAGUCACUUUCUGCGUUGGGGAAUGUCAUCAAGGCCUUGGUUGACAUCGCAGAGGGGAAGGUUCGCCACGUGCCCUAUCGAGACUCGAAGCUCACCUUUCUUCUAAGUGGCUCACUUGGUGGCAAUUCCAAGUGCACUCUGCUGGCGGCUGUGAGUCCUGCGGAGCGCAACGUGGAUGAAACGAUGUCGACGCUCAAGUUUGCGCAGCGGGCGAAGCUCAUGCACAACGAGGCGGUCGUGAACGAGCUGAUGAUGGGCAACCCCGCCGUCAUGGGCGAGGAGAUCCGCCGCCUGCGCCUCGAGAUCGCCGAGCUUAGAGCUAAUGCGACAGCCGGAGUGCCUGGGCAGCCGCUGCUCCCACCCAGCCCUUCUCCUGCGCCCAUGUCAGAGAACGAGCGCAUCUGCCGCCUGGAGCAGAUCAUCUCGCAGUCCACGAAGCGAGCACUGGAGGCGGAGAGGCAGGCGGGGCAGGAGGUGGCGAGGCAGAGCAAGAGAGCCGAGGCCGCUGAGGCCGUGGCGGAAGGGCUCGUGAGGACUGUGCAGGGGUUGAAGAUGGUGGUGAAGCUGCGGGACGACAGGAUCAAGCGGGUGGAGGCGCAGGGGAGGUGCGAGGGGCAGUGUGCGCGGGGGGAGGACGCGGCAGCAGUGGAGGAGCUGGCGCAGGAGGUGGAGGUGCUGAGGCGCAUGGUGGAGAGGAACCCCGACGCCAUCCGCUUCCAGCUCGAAGUCGACGUGUGCAAAGGUGCGUUCUGUGAGACAUGGUGUCUGUCUGGUUUCACUCAGUUGAACAUAGUUCGUGUAUUAAAGGAUAGUUCACUCAACGCACUCACACUUUCCAAUGAAAUUCCUCCCUCUCCCUUUGCAGCGCGCAUCAGCGAGUUGGAGGAGCAGCUGCAGGCGGGCACGAGCGAGGGGGACAAGGUGGCCGCCCUGGAGCGGCUGAACAACGCCCUGAGGGAGGAGCUCAAGGAGGCGUUUGAUGAGAAUGAGGCGCUGCGCGGCAAGGAGGGGGAGGGGCGGCGGGAGAGGGAGGAGCUGCGAGCCAAGCUCGUUGGCAUGGAGGAGCAUGUGAAGAAGGUGGCGGCGGUGGCGGAGCAGUACCGCAUGGAGGUGAACAACACACGGCAGCUUCAGCGCAGCGUCAACGACCGCAAGCACGAGUUUGACGACGCGCGCGUGCGGUGUGGAGUGGCGGAGGCGAAGGUGGGCAAGCUGCUGCAGCAGCUGGCGGCCACCCAGCAGGCGGAAUCAGUCCUCAAGGUGGAGGCCGCGGAGCACCACGCUCAGAGCGCCGCCCUCGCUCGGGACCUGCAGGCGUGCCGGGCCGAGCUGGCGAGGAGCGUGGCAGAGGGCGAGAGGAGUGCAGCUGACGCAGCACAGCUGCGGGCUGAUGUGGAAGUUCUGCGGAAGCAGGUGGAGGGGUUGGUGGAGGAGAAGGCACGGGCUGAGGGAGAGGCGGCAGAUGCAGCAGCUGCAGGGAAGGCGAAGGAGAGGGCGUGGGGAGAAGAGAGAAAGGCGUUGGAGGAGGCUGUGGAGGAGAUGAGGAGAGCGCAGGUGGAGGCGGAAGAGGCUGGGAGGGCGAAGGUGCGGGAGCUGGAAGAGCAGAAGAGGGCUUUGGAGGAGGAGCUUGAGGGGAUGAAUCGAAAGGUGGUGGAAAUGGAGGAUGCUGGGAAAGAGAAGGAGGGGGAGAUGGCAGAGCAGAAGAGGGUGUUGGAGGAGGAGCUUGAGGAGAUUAAGAGGAAGCAAGUGGAGAUGGAAGAUGAUGGGAAGGAGAAGUUGAGGGAGUUUGAAGAGCAGAAGAGGGUGUUAGAAGAGGCGAUUGAGGGUAUGAAGAGCAAGCAGGCAGAGCUGGAGGAGAAGGUGCAGGCGCUGGAGAAGGAGCGGGAGCUGCUGUGGGCUGCAGCAGAGCAAGGCGCAGGGAAGAGCGGGGCGGACGGUGAUGCUGACGGCGCUGAUGGUUCAGACAAUGCAAAGAAGCGGUCGGAGCUGGGCGAGAGGAUAGCGAAGCUGGAGGAGGAGCUGAAGACGGAGAGGGAGCGCGUGAUUGACCUGGCAGAGAAGGUGGGCGACCGGGACGGGCUGCUGGAGGCUGCUUGCGAGAGGCAGAGGCGGGCAGAGGAGGUGGCGGAGAGGGCAAGGAGGGAGGCGGAGGAGUUUGCUGCUGGGGGGCGCAAGCUGCAGCAGGUGAACCUGGCGCUGGAGGAGCAGCUGUGCUCGGCGCUGCAGGGUCUGCAGGAGGCGAAGGAACGGGUGGAGCGACUGGAGCAGGAGAGAGUGGGUCUGCUGGAGGAGGCUAUAAUGCUGGAGAAGGAAACGGAAGAGGAACAGCAGCAGAAGGAGCAGCAGGAGAGGCGUGAGGGAGGAGGCAGCGGAAGCAAGAGGAGGUGGCAAGAGACUGUGAAGGGUGAUGUGGAAGCAGGGGAGGCAGGUGCGGAGGAGGAGGAGGGCGUUCUCAGUCCGAUGACUCUGUGCCUUACUGAGCUCCGUGACGUGACCAACAGGGCAAGCCCUUCGCGAGGAGCAGAUAAAGGCAGCAGUGCAGGAGACGCAAAGGGGAAAGGAGCUGGUUCGCACGCAGGAGGGGCUGGGUCUGCCCCCAGCCCAGUUCUCCUCCUCGGCGGCUCUGCAGCAGACAUGCCUGCGCUACCUGCCUCUGCUUCUGCCAACGCGUUUCUUGCAAACAGGUGGACUCUGCCCUUUGCUGGAGACAACGUUUCAGCCAGCGUAGACUCUGACAGCGACCUGCUCAGAUAUGCAAUCACUGGGGCGGCGGGAGGGCACGCAGGCGGGGAGGGAGGCACCCAGGUUGCGCUGGGGCGACGGCUGGAGAAGAAGAAGCGGCGGAGGAGCGCGCCAGUGAGCCAAGCAGAGGCGCAGGCGGAGAAGCUGAGGCUGAUGGAGGCGCAGGUGCGGCACAUGGUGAAGCAGCUCGCUGCUGCGCACGCCGAGGUGAAGAGCCUGUCCGGUCGGAUGCAGAAGGCGGGUCCGCUUAUGGUGAGGAUGCGGGAGGUGAUGCAGCAGCUGAGGGCGAAAGGCCAGGCGCUGGAGUUGGCGCUGCUGAGUACGCUGGAGAGGGAAGCGGAGAGGGAGCAGGCGGAGGAGGAUGAGAAGGAGGAGGUUGGGUUGAUGUAUCUGCAGCUGGAGGAGCAGAGGGAUAGGUUGAGGGAGGAGAGGGAUAGGUUGAGGAAGGACAGGGAUGUGUAUUUAGAGCGGCUGAUGGUGGUCGGGCCGAGGAACGUGGUGCUUUUUGAGGAGUUGACUGCGGUGAAGGCGAGGCUGGAAGCGGCUAGGGGAGAGAUGGGUGAGAUGGAGGAGGAGCGGGCGAGGCUGCGGAGCAAGUUGGCUCGGCUGAGUCGUAGGCUGGAGCAGCAGGUAACGGGGAGAGCAGCAGCAGUUACGGGUGGAUGCCUUGAGAGUAAGGUUACGGUAGAGCAUGGAGCUGAUGGGGAGAAAGGUGGGGGUGAGGCUAAGGCGGAGAGCAGAGCUGAGGUGGAGGUUACUGCUGACGUGGAGGAUGGGGAUGAGGAGCUCAUGGCUGACGUGGAUGAAGCGCUGGCUGUUGUGAGGGAGCAUGUGGAGGAGGUGGAGAGCAGGAACAGGCAGCUGGCAGAGAAGGUGAGGGCGCUGGAGCAGCAGUGCGAGAGGUUGCAGGCUGAAGCUAAGGGGGUGGGCAGCAGCAAGGCGAGGGCUGUGAGGGCUGUGAGUAAGAGCAAAAAGGAGGAGAUACAGGGCGGUGGGUUGGGCGUGAAGGCUGAGAAUGGGCCACAGCACGUGGAUGGACAGCAGGAGCAUGCGAAGAAGGGAGAUGGGCAGCAGGAGCAUGCGAAGAAGGGAGAUGGGCAGCAGGCGGAUGAGCAGCAGCGGCUGGUUGGGCAAGUGCAGGAGCUGUUGGCGCGUCUGGCUGCUGCAGAGGAGCAAACAAAGGGCACGAUGAACCGCGCUGCUCUGGCGGAACAACGAUGCAGCGAGAUGCACGCACGUGUUGCUGCAGUAAUGGCCCGGGAGAGAGCAUUGCAGAAGCUGCUGGUGAGCCCGCUGCUGAGGGAUGUGGGGGCUGGAGAUGGAGGGGUUGGAGGCUCUGGGGUUGGAGACGCAGGGGUUGCAGGCAGAGGGAGGAUGGGAGCAGGAGGUGGGGACGAAAUCGUGGAGGGGUGGAAGGCGAGGUGGCGGCAGCUGGAGCAGGAGCAGGGAGAGCUGGACUUGCACCUGAACCAGAACGGGGUAGAGGACCAGGAAGGCAAGGGAGAACAGGAGCAUGCGGAGCAGGGAUGUCGGCAGGGAGGGGUGGAAUGCGGUGCAGAGGCUGGUGAGAUGGGUGUGGAUAUGGGGCCGGAGCAGAGGCGCGUGCAGGUGGAGGAGGUGCGGGGGGUGUUGGCGCAGGUGGUGCUGGUGGAGAGUCUGUUGGCCGUGGUGCUGUGCCGGGCUGGGCUUGCUGGCCUCUCCUCCCGCAUGGAAACCAAGCUGCUGGGAUCAAAUCUGGGGACAGGAGAGAUGGUGGGGGCAGGAGGGAUAGAAGGGGAAGGUGGUUCGCUGGAAGAGGGAGGCUCAGGUGCUGGCGCAGGCGAGGGAGAGGGCAAGCCAGCGGGGGUGGAUGGAAAGGGGAAGGCGGGAGUGAGCGGUUCACGGAAGGAGGAAGGGACAGGACAGGAAGCGGAAGGAGAGGAAGAAACGGGAGCAGAGCAAGGAGAAGAGCAAGGCGUGGGAGCAGAGCAAGUGGAGGAGGUGCUGAACGCGCUGCAGAGGCAAAGGGUGCUGCUGCUGGGGUUCCUGGGCGUGAAGGCUGAGGAACGCAGCAAGCCAGGGCAGAACGAGCAUGAGAGAAAAUCAAGGAAUCUGGCGAACGAGGAGGCAGAACGAGCUAUUGCCAGUCCCAGCGAAGGUCUGACCCUUCCCCCUCCAGCUGUGGUGUCCAAGCAGGUCAGAAUCACACAGCAGCUGGUGCGAGCAGGAUUCGAUGCCCUCAUGGCAAACGACGACACCUGCUGGCUGCGCGGGUCGGUUCUGAGAGGCGUGUACGCCCUGAGGAAGCUGGUGGAGGAGGUGGAGGGCAAGGUGGGCGCGUGGGAGGCGCAGUGGGGCGAGCUAGAACGGGCUUUCCAGCAGCAGAACCGGGAGUUUUUGGAGGUGGGGCGGGCGCUGCAGAGGGUGCAGGGGGAGAAGCGGGCAGUGGAGGGGGCAGUGAGAGAGAGGGCGGAGGAGGAGGCGGGGCGGCGGGAGGUGGUUGAGAGGACGGUGCGUGUGGCAGCUGAGGCAGUGGAGGUGGAGAAGGAAAUCGAGGAGAAGCGGCAGCAGGUGGCAGUGGCUGCAGUGGGCGAUGCUGCUGCGAGCUCUGGGCAAGGAAGCGAGCUGAGCAGGCGUUUGGAGAAGGAGGUGGAGUGGCUGCAGCGGGUGAAGGAUGCGAAGGAGAAGGAGGUGGUGGGGCUGAUGAAGCUCGUGACAGAGGUGGAGGUGCAGGGAAGAUCGCGGUGGGAGCAGGCAGUGCAGCGGCAGGAGGCUGCUAUGAAGCAGGUGGAGGGGCUGUCACAGCAGCUGAAAGCAGCUCAGCAGCAGCUGGGUGGGAAAGGUGCUGAGGUGCAGGGGCUAGAGUGGAGGGUGGAGCAGCUUCAAGAUGAGGUCAAGGCCAAGGACGCUCAGAUAACCUCUCUGCACAUGCAGCUCACAGCAGCAGCCAAAGCAGUGGCUCUCGACUCUCCUCUCAGACCCCGUCGGCCAGCAGCAGCAGCAGCAGCAGGAGACAGAGGCGAAUCUGCCCCAGCAAGCGAGCCAAGGCAGCAGCGGCCCUCGGAUUCAGCUCAAGGGACACGGCGGGUGCGGCAGCGGCUGGGUGGCGUGCUAUCCGCCAUCCACAGCAUGGGGGCGAUUCGCGACGGCACUCGCAGUCCGUUCGGGUUCAGGGGCGUGGGGGCCAGCAAUGAGGGUGCAGCAGCAGCAGCGGGUGCUUCUGGUGGUGCCGUGCAUGCUUCCACGACAGCUGGGUGCAGUGGGCGCGGUGCUGCUGCUUCUGCGAGCUGUGGGACCGGAGGGGGGGAGGGUGAGGAGUUUUACACGCCGAUGACCAAUUUGCCCUUCAGCCCGGACGGUGCGGGGUAUAGUGGAGGUGGAGUGGAGGCGAGUGGAGGCGGGCUGGACGGUGGUGCUGCUGGGAGCGUGAAGUGGAGCAGAGGGAAGGGGCAUGGAUGGGGUGUGGGGCACGGAGGGGUUGCUGGUGGAAGUGCGAAGAAGCGAGGCUGGGGGAGUGGCGUGGGCAAGUGCGUUGGCAGUGAUGAGAACGCCCCGUUGAUUCCUGACGGCCCACAAUCAGGUACAGCCCAUCCAGCCUGCCCCCUUCCUCUGCAUUCCCAACACCUGUAUCCCCAAUCACAUUUUUGA